AUGGCUACUUUUGGAACAAUUGGUGAAUUUCGGGAAGACGAAGGGAGUUGGUCCGAGUACAUUGAGCGUAUGGGACACUACUUCGACGCCAAUAGCAUCAUUGAUGAGGGGAGGAAAAGAUCCAUUUUACUAAGUGUUUGUGGAGCCUCAACCUACAAAUUAAUGUCAAGUUUGGCGGCACCAAGGAAACCAGGUGAAGUUGAGUUCAAGGAACUUGUGAAAUUAAUGACUGAUCAUCGAGAUCCAAAGCCAUCGGUGAUCGUCCAACGAUUCAAGUUUAACAGCAGGCCGAGGAGACCAGAUGAAUCGCUGUCAACUUACAUUGCUGAACUGCGACGAUUGGCUAAUGAAUGUAAGUUUGAUACUAUUUUAGAGGAGAUGUUGAGAGAUAGGAUUGUGUGCGGAGUGGCAGAUGAUAGAAUACAAAGGAGAUUAUUGGCUGAACCAACUCUAACAUUUGAAAAAGCUAAAGAUAUUGCAUUAGCUAUGGAAUUAGCUGAUAAAAAUACAGCCGAUCUCAGAGAUCAGAACAAAGGCGAGAUGGUGAACAAAAUCGCUCAUGGUGUUCGUCAUCGUAAGUCGUCACAACGCCCUGUUUCCAAGAAACAUUCCUCAUGCGGUCGCUGCGGAAAGGGACAGCAUCAAGGAGAGGCUUGUCCAGCAAAAGACGGAGAGUGUUUCCACUGCGGGAAAAAGGGACAUUUCGCCGUGGUAUGCAGAGCGAAAGGAGAGAGGAAGGACCAGAGAAAAGUUUUCCAGCAGCAAGGGAAACGGACCGCCUCCAAUAAAUCUCGCACUCUGCAAAUCGAAACAAGAGAGGAGGAUGAAAACGAAAGCUACGGGCUGUAUUCACACUCGACGAAAGCUUCCAAACCGCCUCCGAUUAUGACUCAGCUAAUAGUGGAAGGGAAACCUAUAAACUUCCAAGUGGACACGGGCUCAGCAGUAACGCUCAUCAAUGAGAAAACGUGGCUCUCUCAGUGGAGUGACAGAGAGAGGCCUAAGCUGAGCGAACCAAUAACGCGGCUUCGUACAUACACCGAGCACUUGGUAGACAUUAUCGGAGAAUGUGAAGUCGCCGUAUCCAAGGGCAACCAGGAGGAACGCUUGCCUUUGAUAGUUGCGAGAGGCAGAGGGCCGAAUCUCAUGGGACGAGAUUGGCUGCACGAAAUAAAGUUGGACUGGAGGGAGAUAAACUUGGUCAGGGUCAAUGACGCAGUAGACAGAUUGUGUUCAGACUACGCGGGACUGUUCACACGAGAACUUGGAAAGUUGAAAGGUGUAGAAGUAGAUCUGGAUAUUGACCCCGAUGCAUCACCUAAGUUUUUGAAGGCCCGUCCAGUUCCAUUUUCGCUUCGAAGUCGUCUGGAUCAAGAGCUGGAUCGCCUUCUAGCAGAUGACAUAAUUGAACCAGUUCAAUAUUCAAACUGGGCAGCUCCAGUGGUCCCAGUUGUCAAAGGAGAUGGAUCCAUUCGCAUUUGUGGGGAUUAUAAAACCACAAUUAACACAGCAGCUCGAUCGGAUACCUAUCCGAUCCCGAGAGUUGAAGAGCUAUUUGCAAGGCUUGCAAAUGGAAAGAAAUUCACAAAACUGGAUCUUUCUCAUGCAUAUCAACAGCUAGUCCUGUCUGAGAAAUCCAGGGAGUUCGUCACUAUCAACACACAUCGAGGGUUAUUUAGAUAUAAGAGACUGCCUUUUGGAGUUUCAACUGCGCCUUCUGUGUUUCAGCGGACGAUGGAGUCAUUGCUGGCUGGUAUACCAGGUGUGGCCGUCUACCUAGAUGAUCUUCUCAUCACAGGAGAGUCAACAGAUGCCCACAUGAAGAACCUGAGAGCAGUCCUGGAUGUUCUUCUGAAAGCUGGACUAAGACUGAAGAAAGAGAAAUGUGUGUUUCUCAAGGAAGAGGUUGAUUACCUCGGACACACAAUCACUGAAAAGGGUCUUCGUCCCACGGGGGACAAGGUGCAAGCCAUUACAAAUGCGCCCGAACCGAAGAGCGUAAAGGAACUCCGGUCGUUCCUGGGCUUGCUGAAUUACUAUGGGAAAUUUCUACCCGACCUUGCAUCGAAUCUAGAACCUCUUCAUCGGUUGUUGAGGAAAGACGCAAGAUGGCGGUGGGGUAAAGAGCAGAAACAGGCAUUCGGUAGAGCCAAACAGUUGCUUAAUUCAACUAGAGUGUUAGCUCACUACAAUCCGGAAGAGCAACUUAUACUAGCUUGCGACGCUAGUCCGUACGGUGUCGGAGCCGUACUCGCACAUAGAUUUUCGGAUGGGACCGAAAAACCCAUCGGGUUCGCGUCGCGAACACUGAAUGUUGCAGAACGCAGAUAUUCGCAAUUAGAUAAGGAAGGUCUAGCGAUUGUAUUUGGUGUAAAACGGUUUCACCAAUAUCUGUAUGGCCGUAAAUUCGAAAUAAUAACGGAUCAUAAGCCGUUACUUGGUCUUUUUGGCGAGAAGAAAGCCAUUCCACAGAUGGCUUCUCCGCGCGUCCAACGGUGGGCGAUUACACUUGCGGCAUACGAAUAUGAAAUAAAGUAUAAAGCGGGAGAGAAAAAUUCAAAUGCUGAUGCACUUAGUAGAUUACCGCUAGAAUCAACCAUUCCGGAUCCUCCGAUCCCGGGGGAUAUCAUACUUCUCAUGGAUACAUUAGAUAGGACACCGAUAACGCCUUCGCGCGUCCGUUCUCUUACCGACAAAGAUCCGAUCUUGUCGCGGGUCCGUAACUUCAUCUUACAAGGAUGGCCUACAAUGGAUGAAUUACAAGAUAAGGCAUUCGGUCCGUAUUUGAAUAGAAAAGAUGAAUUGAGUGUUCAUGACGGAGUAAUAUUGUGGGGAGCUCGCGCGGUGCUUCCCCCUGAAAUGUCGAGAAGCAAUGAUGGAAGAAUUGCACGAUGCACAUCCGGGGAUAGUGCGUAUGAAAGCAAUGGCGAGAAGUUGCGUAUGGUGGCCACAGAUUGA